AUGUUGGGAACAUUACCAUCAAAAUACUUAAAAUGGGUAUCAAAAACACUAAGAGCUAGAGACUUUGAAGAAUGGGCACAACUGGCUGAUCAAGUAUUAGUAGACCCUGUAUACAAAGAUAGAAUUGAAUGGGAAUUAGCUGAGGUUUUAUUAAAUGGGAAUGAAAUUUCAUCAGGGAAGAAUGUAAAGAGCCCUGUUUCUGAUUUGUUGGAGAUCAGUGAAAGAUUUGGUUGGGAUAAUGAUGAUAAGAUUGGUUGGAGUAAGAUUAAUUUUGAGUUGCUUGGUACUUCUAAAACUGGAAGAAUACCCAGAAAAGCCAUUUCUUCUUCUGAUGAUGAUGAUGAAGAUUCAAAGGGUGCCAGGGAGAAGAAAUUUGGGGGUUUGAGUUAUAACAAAGGGUCUUCUGGGGUUGAAUCUGAGGAAAUGAUGAUGGGUUAUGGCAGUAGUAAUGUUGGUGGAGGUAGUAGAGAAGAGAGGAGAGAAAAACAGAGAUUAAAAAGGGGGUUAGAAUUGCGGAAAGUGAAGCUGGAUUUUGUUGCAAACAAGAAAAAAGAGAUUGAUCAUCAUCAACAUCAGCAUCAGCAUCGUAGUGAUCGAGAUAACGAUGAUGAUCUAAUGGCGGCGGUGGAGAAACCUGUGUCUAGUCCAUUUCCAGGGCGUGAGAAUCUACUAAAGAAAGUGUUAAAUAGACAGAAAAUUAUGUAG